AUGACGCCACUGGAAAUCCGCCCAAAGGAGAAGCGUCGACAGAGAUUACUUCAAGGCAUUCAGCGAAUGUCUUCUUCACCCUCUUUACAGCAGAUUGGUCGUGGUAGACCCUCUAGCUCUCCAUAUGGCAACAAAGGUAGUUUGUCAUGUGUGAGUCUCGCAGCGACUUCACCAUUCGGACAGUCUUCUGGCAGCGUCACGCCAGGGUAUUUCUCAAAUGGACAGUCUUCUACCCCCGGUAGUCCGACCGCCGAACUCCCUGCCUUUGAUGGGAUCGAAACUCGUAUAGCACGUAAAGUUGCUAAUGUGUCUACGACGCAUUCAAACCCGACUACAUCCUCCCUACCAGUCGAAUUUGCGACUUCAAGGUCGAGAUCCGGUACGGUCCGAAAACUACCCUUUGACUUCUGGGCAAAGAUGCCCGACGAAAUUCGAGUCCAUAUCUUGUCAUAUCUGCGACCGAAAGAACUCAUACGCAUCUCAUGCUUGAGCAAAGAUUUCCACAAAUUCUGCUUCGACGGCCAGUUGUGGACCCAUUUUGAUGCUACCGAAUUCUACAUGGAAAUACCCGCAGAGGCUCUGGCUAAGAUAAUACUUUCGGCUGGUCCUUUCGUGAAGGACUUGAAUAUCCGCGGGUGCCUCCAAAUUGAGCACUACAAGCGGGCCGAGGUCAUUGUCACGUCUUGCAAGAAUUUAAUCAAUGCAACACUAGAGGGAUGUCGGAAUUUUCAGCGAAACACUCUGCACAACCUUAUCCGAACUAACGAGAAGCUUGCCAACCUCAAUCUUACAAGUAUGUCAGCUGUGACAAACAGCACAUGCAAGAUAAUUUCGCAACAUUGUCCGCAGCUUGAGACUCUUAAUGUAUCAUGGUGUAAACAUAUGGACGCCCGAGGCGUCAAAAUGGUAGUUCUUGGAUGCCCAAGGCUACGCGAAAUAAGAGCAGGGGAAGUCAAGGGAUUCAACAAUAUAGGGGUAGCCGAAGCUAUCUUUACGACGAACAAUCUUGAGCGACUUGUACUGAGUGGAUGCACAGAUCUUGAUGAUGAAGCCUUCAAGACUAUGAUCCAUGGCAGUCAACCUGAAAUGGAUAUUCUCACAGAUCGACCAAUAGUUCCACCAAGAAAGCUCAAACACCUGGACCUUAGCCGAUGCUCACAAUUGACGAGCCCGGCGGUAGCUGUGUUGGGUCAUCUCGUUCCCGACCUACAAGGUUUACAGCUAAGUGGGUGUACUUCGUUAACAGACACUGCUCUCCAACCAAUUCUUGCUUCAACUCCCCGUCUCACUCACCUAGAACUGGAGGAACUCUCGGAGUUGACCAAUGAUUUUCUCUCUCAACAUUUGGCUAAGGCCCCAUGCGCACCGAAACUCGAGCAUCUUUCAGUGAGUUACUGCGAGAAUAUCAGUGACACCGGCAUGUUACCCAUCAUGAAGAACUGUGUCAGUCUCAGGAGUGUCGAUAUGGACAAUACGCGAAUUGGCGACUUAGUACUCACGGAGGCCGCCGCUAUGGUUAGGUCUCGGUCAGCCCGAACAUCGACGCGUAGCUCACGUCCCCACAUCGGACUGAAGCUAAUCGUGUACGAUUGUCAAAUGGUAACUUGGACCGGUAUUCGGGAGAUACUAUCUUGGAAUGCCGAAAUCCGGCAACCUCAUGAAAGUUCGGCAACAUACCCAACCGAGAUCAUCGGUCUCAAAUGCUUUUAUGGGUGGCAACAGACGGUACAGCAACACACACAACGGGUUCUGAAGGGCGACUUUGCCGCCGCCACGCGGUUGGAGAGGAAGUGGGCGGAUUAUAUGCAAGCUGUUGAAGAAGCAGGAGCAGCUGGUGCGGGAUCUAGACGACGGAGGCGGCGGGCUCGAGAAGCGCAGAUGCUACACGAAGACGAACAGGGAGGGGCUGGUCGCCGGCGAGCUCGGACCGUGGCGGCUGCAUGCGCCGUCAUGUAA